AUGGAACCUGUUACACAAAUUUUAAGAAAAGUUAAAAUAACUUUGGUUGGUGAUAACAAUGUGGGUCGUCUUAGUUAUUUGAAGACUAUAGUCGAUGGAGCAGAUGAUUUUAAGCCAAGCACAGAGAAUCCAUCGGUCUUUGUUCGUUUGCCACACAUCUUAGAUUCAGACUUUAAUCAAUUCUAUUUAGAACUGGUAAAACAAGAGAGUGCUGUAACAAUGAUUUAA